AUGCCGAAAGAACAAGCCGGCCAUCUUCGGCCCUCACUCUAUGCCUCCUCCGACCGGAUAGACCGCAGUGCUCAGCUCACAGAUCAUGAGAUCCAGCGGAUGGCGUCGUCGCCAUCCUAUGCGAACGAACAAGCUUAUCAGCAGCAUGCUCACCACCAAGGGGGUUCUGCCCUGGCUUCACCCCCAAAUCUACAUGACGCACCUACCACCACCGAGGAACUGCUGCACUGGAAACCCGCCAUACCGCCCUCCCGCGGCUGCUUCCCCUCGGGCUCCCGCAAGCCCGCAAUCGCACCCGCAGGAGUGAACCCUUGCACGCCACUAGCGAGGCUUGUGAACCCAGAAGGUCUGGUCGGCCCACCAUCCCCGUCGCUCAACACCGACUUGAUAAUCGACGCCGUAUAUGCCAUAUGUCUAAGCAGAAUCCCGCUGAUAGUGGCUUCCAAUGGGCUGGACAAGUACGCGAUCCUCCAGUUCGUCAUGGUUUACCUCCCCUUCCAUACAACUUACACACAACUGGUCCUGGAGCACGACCGCAACUUCGCUAAGCACGACCUGCUCCAUGUAGUGUACACAUGCCUGCGGGUCGCACUUCUGUUCGGCCUGGCGUUCGUAGCGCCGAUGGUGUUUAACAUCGUCGACGCGACAUGGAAACCGUUCGCGAGCCUAGUUCUAAUCGGACGCGCGUUGAGUGGGUUUGCGCACGUUGUUGUCGGAUUGGAGGCGUGUCGGACGAGGUCGGGGACACGGGCAUGGUGGCUGAUCAGCGUGCGAGCCACGGCGAUCCUGCUGCCUUGCCUGCUGUGGGGCAUUCUUCUCGGCUUCGACAGUGGGCAGGCGGACGUAAGGGAGAGUGUAUGGGUGGCGGCGGUAGGGCUUGAUUUAGCAUGCGUGCUGCUGCUGGGGUUGAGCGAGGCCUGGACCGUGAAGAAGACAAUGUAUGAUGACUAUCCAGCAGCUAAUCGGGCGAUUGAAGGGGAGGAUGGGAAAUUCGAACAGCGGACGGGUGCACUGCUGUCGCUGAUACUGGCGCUGGGCGUCACAGGUUUGUUCGACACCAAGCCUGGAGUGGGAAGCCCGGACACGUACACGGCCGUGUCGUUCUAUGUCCGGUCGUUUCUCUGCGCAGCCUGUGGAGUCGUCUGCCUAUACGCCAUCGACAGGAUCUACAAGGGAUCUCAAGCGACGCUACAAGUGCAUCACACGACCGCAUCCCACCCACCGAAUCGCAUCACUGUGUCGCCCGGCCUGCCCACCAAUACGUCAGCGCUUACCACCACAUCGAAAACGACCACCCCCAACCAUAUUGCCCAAUUCCUCCGCGCCUCCCUUCGCUUCCCUCUCUACGCCUUCGCAAUCCUCUUCGUCUUCGCCCUGCAAGUCGCGAUGGAAGGCAUCUCCUACACCGUCAGGGAGAUCCCUGCCUACGACUACACUCCCCCGUCCAACGCACCCUUCCUCACCGCAGCGAACGUCGCGCAGAAUAACAGUCCGGCGGCGGCACUUUACGUACAGACGUACAACACAGAGAUGCCUUACGCUGCGGCGCUCUUCCUGCCAAAUCCCGUGCGCGGUGGGACGUCGACGUUGACGGAUACCAGGAAGUGGACGAAUAGCGAGCUGAUGAGCGUUUGUGCGGCCUUGUUGAUUGGGGUAAUGGCGUUGAUGGGGUUUCUGAAUAGCAGAUGUGGUGGUGGCUAUAUUGGGGCUUGGAGCGUUAGAGGUUUGGCGCUGAGAGUCAUCUUUACGAUGAUGCUCGCCGUACCGGGAUUGAUUGGUGCUACUGCUGUUGUGACAUUAUUGAGUCUGACGGUUCUAUUGAUCGUCGGGUGUAUCUUUGAAGAGCUGUUCACCCCAGCUCUUUGA